GUUGCUGCUCGGACGCCUGUCAUGCCGGAUGGCAGCUGCGUGCCCUGCUUUCAGAGAAGACACGCCUCGGCUCGGUUGAUGAAAAGCCGUUGUUAGUUCGUGGUGGGGCUCAGCCAACACCACUCUCCAUCCCAGCCCUCACAGCUCGCUGCCAUCAGCCGGCGGCAAAGGAGGACAACCGCUCCUCCCAAGUACACGCGCACUCCACACCCUAAACAGGGGCAAGAUGGCACCGCAACAUGGACAAGCCCUGGCAGCUGCGACAGCUUCGCUGACCCCGAUCCAGCGCCGCCAGCAUCGCCGUCGCCGUGUUGUCAGUAAGACCAUGGCCAUGAUGGGCAUUACCUUGGUGCUCCUAGCUGGCGCCUCCAUCAAAACAUCCCUCCAAGAGGGUUGGGCAUCCUUGGGCUCGCCCGGCCCCAUUGAAGCCAGCGACUCCGUUGCCGCCCUCGUGGCGGGUCCGGCUCGUCGGCUUCUCGGCCUGGGUAGCAAGCGCCCGCUUCCUGAUAAUCUGAACAAUGUCUCGUGUGAGGGAUUCAAGCACUACGAAGAUCCAUGCGCCCUUGUCAAGCAGGCUGACAACUGCCAACCUGAUGGCGGCUUCAUCAACUAUCUAGAGCUCCCAUAUUGCACGAUGAAAAGCGUCGGUGGCUCGGUGGUCAUUCUCCUUCUGUGGCUCCUCUUCCUCUUUAUCGCGCUCGGCGUGACCGCAGAGGAUUUCUUCUGCCCGGCGCUCAGUGUUAUUUCGGAAACGCUCAAGCUCAGUCACAACGUGGCAGGCGUCACCUUCUUGGCCCUGGGAAACGGUGCCCCUGAUAUCUUUAGCGUCUAUUCCUCCAUCAACAAUGUACAAAAUGGCGCACAGCUGGCCCUCGGCGAGCUCUUCGGCGCCGGCACCUUCGUAACCACCGUGGUCGUGGGCACUGUUGGCUACGUCGUGCCCUUCACCGUCACCCGUCGCCCCUUCCUUCGCGAUGUCAUAACCUACCUCAUUGCAUCGAUCUGGGUCUUCAUCAUCUUGCUUCGGGGUGAAAUUUUCACCGGCGAAGCUAUUGGCUUUGUGGGCCUGUAUGUUCUCUAUGUGCUUGUUGUCAUUCUGGGUCGACAGAUCUAUCAAUCCCGCAAGGCCAGCAAGUCCAAGCUGCCCCCCAACUUUGGAUCAAACGACGAGACUGCGCCACCGGCACUGGGUCCGAUGAUGCACAACAUUAACAUCAAUGUUGAUGAUGGCUUGGACACAAGUGAUGACACCGCUCUCUUGCAUCAAAACGCCUCAAUGUCUCCCCCUCCCGGCCUCAUGAGUCCGACUCAGCGUCGCGCCCGCGAAACAAAUCUCAACGUUCGAGACCUCGUCUCUCCGCCCCGCUCACGCAGCCACAGCAUCAAGGAGCUUGUGGAUGCUACCGACCGCGUCCUCUUUGCUCCAAUUAUGCAAGGCGCCCAAUAUCAAGCUGCCACGCACCAUGAUGUUGACACGGACGCAGAAAACACCGCGCUGCUGCCCUUUGCUGGCGAAGCUGGCGGUGCAAUUGGCCCCGCUACUCCCUUUCGCGACUUGCUGACCGCUCUCAACCCCAUUGACAGCGAGGAGUGGGAAUCUUCAGGGAUCAUCAACCGUGCCUAUAUGGUUCUUAGCGCGCCCAUCAAUUUUGCCCUGACCAUCACAACCCCCGUGGUUGACUUUGAUGAGGAUGACGAGAAUUGGAAGCAGUACCUGGCCAUGCUCCAAUGCCUAAUUGCCCCCGUCUUCUUCGUGCUUGGUGCCGGCAUUGGCUUUACAGAUUUGGGCGACAGCAACUACCCACUUUGGUUGGCUGCGCUCAUGGUCGGCGGUGUGGCGGCCAUGAUCAUUUGGGUGACGACAAGGGCACGAGUGCCUCCCAAAGGCCACGCCGCCUUUGGAUUUAUCGGUUUCCUGGUGGCUGUUGUCUGGAUUUAUAUCGUAGCCAAUGAAAUUGUCAAUUUGUUGCAGGCCUUGGGACGCAUGUUCAACAUUUCUGAUGCUAUUCUCGGCCUGACAGUGCUGGCUUGGGGCAACAGCAUUGGCGAUUUUGUGUCGAAUUUGACCGUGGCAAAGCAGGGGUUUCCACGCAUGGCGGUGGGCGCCUGCUUUGGUGGCCCUGCUAUGAACAUGCUGCUGGGCAUCGGCGUUUCAGCCACCGUUGCAUGCUUCAAACACGGCGGCACCUUCCCCGUUCACGAUCAGAAGAGUCACCAACUAGUGGUGUCGGGUGGCUUUUUGCUUUUAUCUCUCGUUUCCUCUGCCAUCAUCAUCCCGGUCAAUAAGUUUCGAGUGGGCAAGUACUUUGGCAUGUACUUGUGGGUGCUAUACACCGCCUACCUUGCGACCGCAUUGGCCCUCGAGUUUGCUGGCUGAGAGUGAACAGUCCAUAAAAGCUCGAGCGUGGCAUGGUCGCCUUGAGCCACACGGCGCCACCUAGUCAAGGACACCACGUCGGCGGCGCUCCAAAGCUUCUCGCUAGUUUAUCUCUCGCUCUUUUUCGCUCUUUCCUUUUAGUUGUAGGUGGAAACCGAUGAUGAGAUCAUUGGUUUGUAGAGUUUGCGCACUUAGCAAAAAGAAUUGACUGUCCAAUGAU